CCUAAUUUAGAAGACCGGAAGUGUGUCGUGAUUGUGACGCAGCAUCUCCUCGUACCGACUGUCUUUGGUUUCUACGGAACAUCGCUGGGGUCAAACAACACGCGUUUCCGCGAAAAUGAAAACACGAGCACGCCGCUGAGUUUUUAACUGACUUUCAGUAUCGUUUCCAGUGAACUGCAGGUUGUUGUUGCGUAGAAUGACAGGACAAGGCGUGUUGAGAAGGAAAAACUGCACCCAACUGGAUUAAUCAUUUAAUUUAAUUACCGCUGUUUCAGUUUCACAACAUGUCCGUGUUGCUUCACAACAUCCAGGGCUGGGUUUUAGAUUCAUGCUCACUCAUUGAUCGCUGGUAUUCACGCUGCAUCCGAUAUCAGGGUGGUCAGAAGUCACGUGUUGAGUGUCGUUUUAAAAGGCAGUGUUUUCAGGUUUUAAAAAGCCACUUCAGUGUGAGAGCCUGUGCUGCUGCGGAUGGAGGAAACGAGGAUGUGUUGCAGAAAACAGACAAAGCAUCAAAGAAAAGAAAACGAAAACACAGCGAACUCAACCAGGGGGAAGUCGAUUCACAGGCCUUCCAUGAGAAGAUCAGGUCUGUCAUCCUGGAGGGAACCAAGACCUUGGUGGACUCUGCUCGAUCCGUUGGACACCUGAACGGAACGACGGACGCGGCGAAAGAGCCUCUUCCUUCUCAGGAGUGCAGCCUCGCUGCUCUUUGUGAAAUGGCUAAAGAACUCCCUCUAGUGGAUGAGGAGGAACUGGAGGAGUGCGUCCAGCAACUUGUUGCUGAAGAUGGCUGCACUUCACACGUCGACCUGUUCUCUCGGGUAACAGAGAACGGUGCGGACUCGGCUAUAGUUGUUACAUUGAUGGGAGAGCAGUAUGUAAUCCCACCAUGCACAGCCUUCCUGCUUUCUGACUUCACAAGAAUGCAACCUCUAGUCCACUCUGGAAGUAAGUUUGACUUGAUAGUUAUGGAUCCACCGUGGGAAAACAAGUCUGUGAAAAGGAGUCGCAGAUACAGCUUUUUGCCCUCCACCCAGCUGAAACGCCUCCCUGUACCCCUGCUGGCGUCUCCGAACUGUUUAGUGGUCACCUGGGUCACAAACAGGCCGAGCCACCUGCGUUUCGUGCGUGAUGAGCUGUAUCCACACUGGGGGGUAGAAGUUGUGGCUGAAUGGUUCUGGGUGAAGGUCACCACAUCUGGACAGUUUGUGUUUCCACUGGAUUCACAGCAUAAGAAGCCUUAUGAAGUGUUGGUGCUGGGCCGAUAUCGCCCCCCUGCUGAUAACUCCACAAGCUCUUCAGUGACAUCAGAGGUCCCUGUGGAGGAUCAGCGUUUGAUUGUGAGCGUCCCGUCAGCUCUCCACUCCCAGAAGCCUUCACUCUCAGAGGUGUUAAAGCCCUACGUUGGAGGUGAGGCCAAGUGCUUGGAGCUGUUUGCCCGAUGUCUUCAACCUGGAUGGACCAGUUGGGGCAACGAGGUGCUCAAGUUUCAGCACACAAGCUAUUUCACUUUGACACCAGCAGAUGAACGAGAAGACGUUUCCAAAGGCGAGGCCACACGUGUGUGCACGGACAAACCCACAAUCACACCGGUGUUAAGCUCACCUGGAGAAUCCCCACCUCCACGUCGCUGUCCGACCACCGUGGACUAAUGACGGGCCUUCUGCACGUGUCACAUCAGCAUUUCAGUGUGUUUUUAAUAAAGAUUCAACUCCAAAAUA